AUACUAUAUAGCAAAAACUCACGAAUAGUUAAUACAGCGUUCUUCCAUCCGCCCUGCCGUCCAUCCUCGUCCAGAAAAGAUCCUGGCCGUCCACUACAGUACCUUGCAGGCUCGUCUCCGCCACAACCCACUGCGAUCUGUCUUCUCCGACGCGUUUACUCUUUUAUUUUCGUCGCCGCCACCGGAAGCAAUCAAGCCCCUCCAUGCCCUCUCUAUAAUCUCCGGUCCUUCCACUCCGUUCUCCGUCAGCCAUUCCCUCAUUUCUGCUUACGCCAGCAAAGAUGACAUAUCAUCCGCCCGACGAGUGUUUGACGAAAUGCCUGAAAGAAAUUCCGUCUCCUACAGCUCCGUCAUCUCCGUCAUCUGCCGCAGCGGCCAAACUGAGGAGGCAUGGGAAAUUCUCUCCCGGAUGAGAGCCGACGGAUUGAGCCCCACUCGCUUUACAUUCGCUCCCAUCCUCUCUUCUUCUUCGUCACUCCUCCAACUUUCCCAAGCGAUCCAACUCCACCCUUUGAUUCUUAAAUCUGGACUUCUUCACCCCGAUCCUCUAUCGGCUACAGCAUUGCUAAAUGUUAUGGGGAGGAAUGGGAAAUUAGAUGACGCAGUAAAGCUGUUUGAGGAAAUGCCUGAACCAACCGUGCUAACAUGGAACUGUAUUAUUAUCGCAUUCGCACAACAGGGGUUUGAGAUGGAUUCCAUGUUUUGGUUCCGGGAGCUUAUGAGGACUGGAAUUGGGCUUACAGAUUGUUCUUUGGUCAGCAUUCUCAAAGUUUUUCGUUCCCUGAAGAGCUAUGAAUUUGCCGAACAGAUUCAUGCACUAAGCAUCAAAAGUUUCUUUGGUUUGUCCAUACUUGUCUCCAAUGCUCUGUUAAAUGCAUAUUGCAGUUGCUUUCCAUUGGUUUCUUUAGAUAAAUUCUUUUCUUUGUUGCCUGCCAAGGAUUUGAUUACCUGGAACACAUUUAUAACAGCCAUGGCAAAGAUUGAUAGGCCUGAUAGAACCAUGGAGCUCUUUUUAUCGAUGUCCUUAGAAGGUUUUUCACCUAAUGAGACUACUUUCACUGGGAUGCUUUGUGCAUUCACUAAAAUUGGCUUAGGAAAGUAUGGAGAGCUCAUUCAUGCCAAAUCUAUCAAAAGAAAUCUGAACUCUGGUGCUUAUGUGGGGAGCUCAUUGGUUGAGUUCUAUGCAAAACACCACAGAUUGGAUGAUUCAGUCACUGCAUUCGCAGAUAUAUCUAACAAGAAUGUUGUUUCUUGGAAUGCUUUAAUAUCAGGACACACAAAUGAAGAUGCCUUUGCUUCUUGCCUUGUGUUUAUUAAAGAAAUGCUGGCCUCAGAGUUUAGACCAAAUGAGUUUACCUUCUCAUCUAUACUCAAAUCGGUUUCGGUCUCCGAUCUCGGGCAACUACAUUCUUUCAUAAUAAGAAUGGGCUAUGAAAGUAAUGACUAUGUUUCCAGUUCAGUAAUUACUUCUUAUGCUUCUCAUGGACUUUUUUCUGACGCCCUGGCUUGCACUGCAUUGGUUACACCAUUUCAUGUUGGUUCAUCGAAUGCAAUUGCUUGCAUUUAUAACAAAAAAGGUCGAUUCGAAGAGGCAAAUGAGCUUAUUCUCCUGCAGGAUUCUCCUGAUAACAUGUCAUGGAACAUUCUUCUAACUGCGCAUGCAUACAAGGGCAAUUAUUUGGAGGCUUUCUGGUUGUUCAGGAGAAUGCAAGUAUCCGGCUUCGUCAUUGAUAACUAUACCGCUGUGUGCCUACUAAGCAUUUGUUCGAGGAUAAGCAGCCUUGACCUGGGUCGCUGUUUCCAUGGGUUGAUCCUGAAAGCAAAUGCUGGGAGUUGUGAAGUAUUUGUUCAGAAUGUAUUGUUGGACAUGUAUGCUAAGUGUGGCAGCCUUGAGAGCUGUUUGGCUGUGUUUGAAGAAAUGCCUGAGAAAAAUCUCGUGUCGUGGACGGCUUUGGUUUCAGGGCUGGGACUUCAUGGGUUCAUUGUUGAAGCACUAGAAAGGUUUCAGCAGAUGGAGCAAGAAGGAUUUGUGCCGGAUGGCAUCACAUUCUUCGCAAUCCUUUGUGCAUGCAGACAUGGUGGGUUUGUGGAAGAAGGGAUGAGAAUCUUUAAUAGGAUGAGGUGGGUGUAUGGAGUUGAGCCAGAGAUGGACCACUAUGUAUGUGUAGUUGAUCUAUUAUGCAGCUUUGGUCGUACAAAAGAGGCAGAGGUUGUGAUCAGUGGAAUGCCCUUCCAGCCGAACACCAUCAUAUGGCGUGUGUUUCUCCAGGGAUGUAAGAAAUAUUCCUUUGCUUGAUUAUGAAACUUAUUGGAUAGUUUUAUUUUAUUUUUACUUUUCUUCUUUUUGCAUGCUAUUUGGUUGUUCUUUGAAGCAUAAUUUAUUAUUGAUGUUUUUGUAUUCCAAGAAUUGAUUUUUACUAGAAGACCGUUAAAAGUCAAUAUUAGUCCUUUUUUUGUGAUUUAUAUUUAUAUUGUUUGGGGGUUUGGACUUAGACACAUCUUUUGGAAUGAAAUAGUAGAGUAUUUUACCUUUCAUUC